AUGUCUACGAAAGGGAACAUAACAUUUAUUUUUCUACUUUUCGCUUCUCUGAAAGCAAUUGCUCUGGGCGAUGUGGAUCCAUUAGGAGCCAACAACACAAUUCCAACAAAUAUUAGUAUUAUUAGUAUUAGUAGGGAAGUAAAACUGAAACAAGGUUACCCGUUGGACUCGCUUCUCAACUUCACCGAGCUGACGGCGGAAUACGGGUAUCCUUCCGAAGAGCAUACUGUCAUCACAGAGGAUGGCUACAUACUUUCUAUCUUCAGGAUCGAAGGCAAGAACUGCCAGGGCCCGACGAGGAGCCCGCCGGUCCUGAUAAUGCACGACCUGCUGAUGAGCUCGGACAGUUGGCUGGAUUCGGGACCAGGAUCAGGCCUCGCGUAUCUCAUAUCCGACGACUGCUACGACUUGUGGGUGGGCAACGUACGCGGGAACUACUACGGCAAGAGACACCAGACUCUAGAUCCCGAGACAGACAUCGACUUCUGGCAGUUCACGGUAUACGAAAUAGGGGUCUACGAUGUCCCCGCCAUCAUCAACUACAUUCUAAAUCAAACGUCCUCUGACAAAAUCAACUACAUCGGAUACUCCCAAGGCGCCAGCACGUAUUUCAUAAUGUGCUCGGAGACGGAAGGCUACUGUGACAAAGUGUCGUUGUUCAUAGGUCUGGAGCCAGACUCCAAGAACACGUUCACGAAGUCCAUACUCUGGCGGUUUAUAGCCGAAACGUUCCAAUUCCUAUCGCCCCACUUAACCGAGAUCGGUAUAUACGAAGCGCUACCUUUGGGCGGGAUCUUUCAGGAUACGGCCUCUUACGUUUGCAGCGACUACGUGAUGGCGGACACCUUUUGUAGGGAUUUCUUGAACUUGCUCGACUCACCCCACCCCGGGUCCGUGGACACCGAGACUAUACGAGUGCUCGCGGGCCAUUUUCCGGCAGGCACGUCAGUGAAGAACAUGGUGUGGUACAGCCAGUCCUUGAACGUCGACAGGUUCCAACACUUUGACUACGGGAAUACCGCCAACAUGGAACUCUACAACUCCACGAGGCCUCCCGCGUAUAACCUGACCGCGACCACGACACCUACGUUAGUGAUAAACGGAUUGAACGACUACCUGACCGUUCCGGCAGACGUAGACUGGCUGACGAGCCACCUACCCAACGUAGUGGAGCAUUACAUUGUACAAGACCCCCUGUGGAACCAUCUCGACGUACCGUACAGUAAUUUGACGAGUAAAGAGAUUCUUCCCAAGAUUACUGCAUACUUAAGUAAAUACAGCAACGAAACUCUUCAAACC